AUGGACCUCAAGGAUUUGAUAAUAGGUACAGUGUUCUUAUUUCAGAGUACAGUUGGAAUUCUGGGAAAUUUCUCUCUUCUUACCAGCUACCUAUUCAAUUACUAUAGUAAACAUACAAUAAAGACCACAAAUUUGAUUCUUACACACCUAUUCACAGCCAACUUUUUGAUCCUUCUUUCUAAAGGACUGCUCCAUACAAUGCAAACUUUUGGGCUAAAAGGAUUUAUCAAUGACUUUGGCUGCAAAUUCCUUUUGUAUAUUCAAAGACUGGGCAGAAACAUGUCCAUUAGUACCACCUGCUUCUUGAGUGUCUUCCAGGCCAUCACCAUCAGUCCUAGGACCUCUUUUUCAAUGAGUCUUAAACUCAAAUCCCCAAAUCAUAUUGGUCUCUUCACUUCUCUUUGGUGGAUUCUCUACAUGGCAUUAAAUCUGAUUUUUCCUGUUUAUAUGUAUAACAAAGAGAACAGAAAGAACCUUACACAUAAAAAUCAUUUCAAACACUGCUCCACUGUAGUUCAUGAUGAUUUUAUAAGCUCAUUAUAUACUGCAUUUAUUGUUCUUCCUGAAAUUUUGUUUUCUUUCAUUAUCAUCUGGUCCAGCAGCUCCAUGGUUGUCGUUCUCUAUAUGCACAGGCAAAGCAUUCAACAUAUCCACAGCAUCAACAUUGGCUCCAGAACAUCUCCUGAGUCCAGAGCUACCCACAGGAUACUGGCCUUGGUAUCCACCUUUAUAGGAUUUUAUGCCCUCUCUUCCAUCUUACAAGGUUACAUUGCUCUUGUAUAUAAUCCUGGUUGGUGGCUGGUGAACAUCACAGCAAUCAUUUCAAUAUGUUUUCCUACACUGGGACCUUUUGUGAUGAAUCAUGACUCAACUAGGCCAAGAUUAAGCUUUCUCUGA